GUAAAAUAUCAGUUGUGCGACAACUUGCGUUAGGUAAGCAUGUUGUGACGCGCGUUUGCACAAAAGAAUCGAAACGACAACGAAGACGACGACGGAUGAUAAAAACGCCGCUCCAUGAACAACAGCAGCAACAAUAAAACUAAUAAUACUAAUACAACAUAGAUAGCAAAUCCAACAAACAGCCGACCCCCUUCUCUUCUCCAUCACCAAAAUACAAACAAACCAGCAAAAGCGAGAAACGUUUGUUGUAACAUUACAAACCGAAAUUAUUUUGUUUUCUAAUGACAUCGACGACAAAUUAUGUCUUGUUGCUGAUGUGUGUUUGUUUUUUUUUUUUUUUGUUUUUGUUGUAACAAUAAAAAUCACAAAAUAUAGAUAUUUUGUUGUUGUUUAGUUUUCUAUGGGACAGAGCGAUUGAUGAUCAUGUCGGUUUGGUAUGAUGAGAAGAAGUUCGAUGAUGAUGGUGGUGUUGCUGGUUAUGCUUUUUAGAUAAAUUCAAUACAAAUGAAUUAAAACAAAUUGACAAUUGUAAUUGAUAACAGCAGCAGCAAUAGCAACAGCAACAGCAAUAAAAACAAUAACAUAACAGUCAAUAAUCAAGACAACGGCGUGAAAUCAAACAACAACGUCGUGUCGAUUUUGUAUGGCGUGCGCGAAAUGUAUGACGGCAAUGAAAUCGUCGGUGACAGCAACACCAGCGGCGUCGGCACAAACAACACUUAGAUUUAAACAACAAAACUAAAGAAACAAAAUCAUAGAUGUUUGCUGUUUGUUUUUGUUUUCCUUCUGUCAUCUACUUUUGCAAAGUGUGAUAACAACAACAGCACCAAUUACUAUAACUAAUUGUCAAAGCCUUAGACGUAGAAGAAGAACUAGUCGGUCUAAGGAGAGAAGGCAAAAAAAAAAAAUAAAUAAACUCUAGUUAAACAUUUGCAAAAUAACCAACCUACCAGCCCAUCCGACCGACCAAUCACUUGGGCCGUCUUCUAGGCAGGCAGGCAAAGUGAAGAGUCGUGGAGCACCAAAAGGCGACAACACCAUUCGAUUUGACAGCUUAUCAGAGCGCAUUUGACAUUGCGUGUUGACAGUCAUUGCAUGGCGCCCGUUCGAUCAAGUGCCCCGAUAUUUAUUGAGUACAAACUUCUAACGAAAGAGCGAAUGAGUAACGUAACACUUAGAGAACACACCAACUAAGUAAACGGAUUGAACACAGAUUAGCGUGGCAUUAAGAGCAAACAAAAUAAAAGAUAAACAAAAGAUAACAGAUUUUUAUGAAAAAUAAAAAUUUUAUUUAUUUACAAAUAAAUUAAAAAAAUCAAGUGUUGCAAAUUUUUUCCAAAAAAAAAAAAAAAAAAUCCUGGAAAGUUUUGAAACACUUAUUGUGCCGUUUUCAAUUUUUUACUUACUUCCUAGUCGGGCGGUAUUUUUUAAUCGAAUUCAUAGCUGUAAAAUAAGAACAGAAAACCAACAACAACUCCACAACGGCUAGUUGGUGUCACCUGUUUUUUGUCUUUCAUCCUUCCUUCCUUCCUUCAAACUAUUAAUGGUCGGUCAAUGUUUUACAUCAAACAACAAACUGGCAGCUGUCACAAAUUGCCUAUUAAACUAAACAUUAAAAUAACAACAACAAGUAAAAUUGCCAAGCCACCAAAAAAAGGGGAAAACCUAACAUGAUCUACCUGUAACAGAAGAAAAAACUAAAAAUCCCAAAAAUUGAAAAUUAAAAACAAAAAAAUUGUCACCCCUGUGAGCAAGGCUCAAUGGAAACCCAGUUCUGAAAGCAAGAAAUCUGCCUUUGUUUAGCGUAUGCCAAAUGAAGUUUAAGUGAUUAGAUUUAUGGCUUUAUGGUUACUAAUUGGUUACACCCUCAUUUGAAACCUUUGUACUAACUACCAAGACAAAUCUAUGACAAUUUUACGGCCCAAACUAAGCCAUUAAACUAAAAAAAACAAAAGACAGAAUUUAAAAUUAAAAAAAAAAAAAAAUACUUUCAUCUAAAGAUAAACAUAAACACUCAAUUAAACUCCCAUACAGCUUAGUUCAUGGCGCCUAAAGGCCAAGAUAAAAAAUUCCAAAAAAAUCAUAAAAUAAAUCCGACGGCAUUUAAUAUCAAUAGCUAACAUAAAAUAACAAUAAAAUAAUAAUAAAAAAUAUUAAAUAAUAAAAACCUUUAAAACAAAAAAAACUUCAAGAAAUUAAUUAACCCAAACCAAUAUACGAAAAACACUUUCAUCACUCCCCCCCCCACUCGGUCUAUCUCUGUAAUUAUACGAAAAAACGGUUAAAGAAAUGGAUUUUCAAAGUGCUAUGGAAACAUUUGCCGAAGCAUGGGUUGCUGCCAAUGCCGGACAACAGAGCCAAGCUUUGGCAUUAACACGUGUGGCCAAUGCCGCUGCUGCAGCAGCCGCCGCUAAUGCCAACAAACAGGUUAACAAUGAAUCAAUGCAUGGCGAUAUUGUGGUUAAGACAGAGCAUUCAGUGUCGCCACCACCACCACCCUUGCCUCCCCCAGCAAUGCAGCAACCACCCUCGUCAUUGGUAUCCUCACUGGGUCAUCACAGCAAUCGACAAUCUCCCACAAAUACAAAUGCACAAAACUCUUCUUCAUCCACUGCUGCAGCUGCAGUUGGAAACGAAGAUGCCAACAAUGAGGCUAAUCGCUUACAGCAGCAGCGCAGAUCCUCUUUGCAGGGUGUCCAAGAUAAAUUGCAACAACUACAGCAAUUGCAACAACAAAAUGACUUGCAACGCAGUCCCCAUUACUCGGCCGGUAAUUUGUCCAAUCACAAUACCACACCAUCGCCCACAUUGCAUCGGGAAAUGUCCUCCACACCUCUGGGUCAGCCUAAUUCUUCGACUAGUCAAAAUAGUUCCACACCAAAGUUAAACGAACGUGAUGAUCAUCAGCAUCAUAAUCUAACGCAUCCUAAUACCUCAGCUCAACAACAGCAGCAACGUUCUGAUGGUCAUCAUCAUGGUCCACGUGUUAUGGGCAGUAUAACGUGUCUGCCACCGUCAGCAUUAAAUGCAGUAGCAGCAGCCGCCGCAGCCCAACAUCAUCAGCAACAGCAGCAGCAACAACACCACCAUCAACAACAUCAGGCCACGGAGAAAGUGCUUAGCACCACAGCUGGGCCCAUAGAACCGCGCAAAGAUUUCGAUCUAACCAAAGUCAAUUCAAAAUCAUUACCAUUACACUGUGUGGUGGAGUCGGUGCACUCAUUGCAGGCAUCUCUGACCAUAGAUCAACGAAGUCCAUGGAAACGAAGGCCAAAUGUUGAGACAGAUAGUUAUGUGAUUGUGGCGGCAAACACACCCUGGUCGGAGAUAGUACAAACAGCAUUACAAAGGUUGGGUUAUUCCCAGGAGACAGCAGCAACGGCAAGAGGUUCCUUAAUAAUAAAAAACUGGAAGCCCAUACCCUUGGAGCAUAUUUCCGAUAAUCCUGUAGUUCCUGUUUCCGAUAUUAUUGGCGAACUAACGUCGGUGGUAACGCUGCGCAUUGUCAUCUUGCGAUGUAAACCCUCACCAUUUGGUGAAAUCAAGGAUAAACUUUUAAAGCUUUUGGUUCUGCAAUCACAUGCGGUUUUACGUUCAACCGGUUGUCCAUUGGAUGAGGUCACCCUCUCACAAAUAUGCCGCAGUUCAUACCAGAAUCCCUUUGCAUUUCCCGGCGGCGAUAUACCCGAAGAGUUGCGUCGCAAAUUCGAUCAAUGGUGGUCGAAUCAACUAUCACCCCAGGCCUCGAUGACACCAAAACUAUUGCCCUUCAUGGGUGCCCCGCCGGCGGGUGUUAACAAUGAAAUGGAACACAAUAUGGGUACUGCAGCGCUGGCCGCAGCAGCAGCUGCCGCCGCUGCGGCACAAGCUGGUCUUCAUGCCGCCUCGACAGCGGUGGGUAGCAAUGUUCCCACAAGCAUUAGUGCAUCGCGUGAAUCUUUGUUGCUAAACGAUUCAAAUAGUCAUCACACAUCGGCUGUCCUGCCCGGCACUCCGACAUCACAUCAUGCCAAUAUGAUGGUACAUCCUGCCAUGCAUGCCAGCAUGCAUCAUCAUGCCAGUCUGUCGCAUUCACAGUUUUCCAAUCAAAAGACACGCAUGCGCACAAGUUUCGAUCCUGAAAUGGAAUUGCCACGUCUACAGAAAUGGUUUCAAGAAAAUCCCCAUCCCUCAAGGCAACAAAUCCAGGCCUAUGUGGUACAGCUAAAUGCCUUGGAAUCACGUCGCGGUCGCAAGCCUUUGGAUGUCAACAAUGUGGUGUAUUGGUUUAAGAAUGCCCGGGCAGCCCAGAAACGUGCCGAAAUGCGUGGUGGUUUCGGGGCCAUGCAGGCGGCCAUGAAUGGUUAUUUGGGUCAACACAGUCAGCUGGGCCAGACGUCGGGUGGCAGCAGUACCGGUAGCAUGAGCAGCCAACAACAGAUUAUGGGUUCCAGCAUGGGCAACUUAUCGCUGUCCAAUGACUUUAUGAAAAGUCCCUUGAGUUUAAAAUCCGAAGAUAUUGAUACCAUGUCCCAGCAUUCAGAUGAUUUGGAUGAUGAUCAAAGUCGUCCCAACUCUCCCCAAUUGCCACUCUCGCUAACCAUCCAUGAGCGGCAUCAAAACGAUAACGAGGCGAAUGACAACAAAGAGGGCCACAAUGAUAAUCAACACAUUUCACCCAUGAAUGCUGAUAUUGAAGUGAAACCCGAUAAUCUCAAUGAAUCACAAAAUGAACGCUCUCAUUCGCGGUCAUUUGAGGAGCGGGAGAAAUAUGACGCCAAUAACAUGACUAAAGAGAAACACAGUAAUGAUGAGGGAGGCAAUGCUUCGACGGAGGCUGCACACAACAAUGGUGAUGGUGAGGAGCAACGCGAUGAAAAUGAGACCAACAACAAUUCGUCCAAUUCUCUGAACAACAACAGUGGCAGCAACAACAAUCAGUCAUUGGAUAAUUCCCACAACAAUUCACGGCCCUCUUCGCCCAAACCAAGCUCUUCCAAGGAGGACGAUGAAGAUCUCGAUAUGGACGAUGACGACGAUGAUGAUGACAAUGAUGCCAGUCGUUUGCACGAUUUUCGUUCACCCUCGCCGGACAUGAACAAUGCCAUGCUGGCGGCCCAACGCAAAGAUCUACCAUUUCCAAUGGUGCCAAAUAAUAUGUUCUCGCAAUCCUUCAUGUACAUGAGUCAUUAUAUGCCAGGUUUUGGUCAGGCAGCUGCCGCCGCCGCUGCAGGACAUCCCCAUGCUGCAGCAGCCCAUCACGCCGCGGCUGCUGCCGCCGCAGCUGGUAUGCAAGCCAACUCCCUAAUGCCGGGCGGUGGUCUCAAUCUCUCGAAUAUCUCAUCGGAGGAGAGACGUAAACGAAAUCGUACAUUCAUCGAUCCCGUUACAGAGGUGCCAAAGUUGGAGCAGUGGUUCGCCAUGAACACACAUCCAUCGCAUAGUCUGAUCUUAAAGUAUACGGAGGAUUUGAACACAAUGCCCUAUAGACAAAAGUUCCCCCGUUUGGAGAGUAAAAAUGUUCAAUUCUGGUUCAAAAAUCGUCGGGCCAAAUGUAAACGUCUCAAAAUGUCGCUGUACGAUACCAAUCAAUGUUCCCAGCUGGCAGGUUUGAAUUCCUUUGUACAUAAAUACGAUGAACGUGAUUAAAGAAAUGUUUGAAAAGAAAAAAAAAAAAAACAACUCUAAAAAGGCAAUAUUGUUUAUAUUAAAUAACAACAAGAAGUUAUAAAUAAAAUAAAAUUACAAAAAAAACCAUAUCAAUUAUUUCCCUUUUGUAAUUUAUAAAAGAAACUAAUUUUCGUCGAUAUAAAAUAUUAAAAAACACACAAAAACUACUGUAAAGAAAUUCCAGCCAAUUUCGAUAGUAAUUAAUUAAAAACUAUGUAGAAUUGUUAAAACAAAAUUAAAUUUUUUAGGUCUAAAAUUUAUUGAAAUAGAAACAAAAGAAAAACGACAAAUAACAUUGCAUGCAAACUUAAAAUUAUAAUAAACAAAAAUUUCGAAAAAAAAAAUAUUAUUUAAAUAAUAAACUAAAACAUGACCACUUAACAGACCCAGUUUAAGCUAUGCAGCAUAAAUAAUUAAUUUUUUAGCAUGCAAAAUAAAACAAUUAAUGAAUAUGUAGCAAAUAAAUGAAUUAAGUUACCAAAGAUGGCAUUUCAUUAUAAUUUUACUAUAUUUUUAUUAGUAAAAAAAUUAAUAAUUUUUAAUAUAAACUUCAUAUUUGUAUAAUUUUAAUUUUAAGUAUUUUUAUAAAAAAAGAAAAGAAAAAACAACUUUGCCUUAUUUGUUUUUAAGUUUUUUUUUGUUAUAGAUAGAAUGAGCAUAAAAUAAUAUAUAAUUUAAAAAUUAUACAUACCCUCAUAUGCAAUUAGAAACAUUUAUUUAAAUUUCUUUUACUUCAAUUAAAACAAUAAUUUUUCUAAAAAAUUUCAAAUAUUUUUUCCAUAUUUGGUAUUUAAUGCCUACUUAUUUUUAGGACACAUUUUUAAGAGGUUUGAAAGAAAUUUAAAAAAAAAACAUUGUUUUGUUUCCUAUUGUUUUAUUAUGAUUUUCAAAACUUUUUAAAUUUAUUACAAAAAUUGAAUAAAAAACUAGCAAUUUCACAUUAUGUGUAAUUUGUAUAUUAAACGUGUUUAUAUGCAAACAUUAUUAAUUCUUACUAUAUAUACACACACACACGCAAAACCAUGAACUAACACUUUGACAUAAAAUAUGUAGCAUACAUAGUUAUACACACAUAAAUACAUACAAACAUUUUAAUGCAUCGCAAUUAUCACAUUAAGUAGUUAAUAAGUAUUAAUUAAAAUAGCAUUUUAUUAUCAUUACAACUAUUACCAAACAUCAUUUAUUUCCCCCUCUCUCUGCUAUAUAUAUAAAUAUUAACUAAAACAAUAAAAAACAUGAAAUUUCAUUGAAAUGAACACAAUUGUUUAUUCUCUAAAUAAAUACAUAAAUUUACUGCAAGUAUUCAAAUCAAUUGACAAGAAAAACGUUAAUUUAAGCAUAACAAAAAACUACUAAAUAAAUAAAUCAAUUAAUUUUAUUAAAUUUAAUUUUAAUUUAAUAAUAAUAAUAAAGAAAACAACA